AUGAACGUUCUUAAGCUUCAGAGGAAAUAUCCACACUUCGACCAGAGUGAAAUUUUCUCCCUUCAGGAUGCAUUCAGAAAAUUGGAUGUUGACGAUAAGGGUUAUCUGGACGAGGCUACUGUUAUCAAGGCCACCCAGCAGUCCGAACGUCAGCCGUACGACGUCGUGCGCCAGGCUUUGAAGGAAGUCGAUCUCGAUAGCUCUCGUCGAGUCGAGCUCGAAGAUUAUGUAGAUCUCAUUUCAAGACUUCGCUCUACUUCAGCUCAAAAUAGAGCAACUGCUGGCCCAAGUGCGGCUCCAGGAAUACCCGAGAUUGGGACGGGCGUGUCUCGACACGUCUCCAAAGGCAGUGUAGGAGGACGAAUUCACGUUCAGGGCUCUUCCGCGAACGUCACUCAUACUAUCAAUGAAGAUGAGAGAACUGAGUUCACCAGACACAUCAAUGCUGUCCUUGCUGGAGAUCCCGACAUUGGCCAUCUACUACCAUUCCCCACUGACACUUUUGAGAUGUUUGAUAAAUGCAAGGACGGAUUGGUCCUAGCAAAACUUAUCAACGACAGCGUCCCAGAUACCAUUGAUGAGCGUGUCCUGAAUAAGCCUGGGAGAAAGAUCAAGGAACUAAAUGCAUUCCAUAUGACUGAAAAUAAUAACAUUGUGAUCAAUUCGGCCAAGGGAAUCGGCUGCUCUGUUGUUAACAUCGGAAGCGGCGACAUCAUAGAGGUCCGCGAGCACCUGAUCUUGGGUUUGAUUUGGCAAAUUAUCCGGCGAGGCCUUUUGGGCAAGAUCGACAUCAAGCUUCAUCCCGAACUCUAUCGGCUUCUGGAGGACGACGAAACGCUAGACCAGUUCUUGCGCCUCCCUCCAGAGCAAAUCUUGUUGCGUUGGUUCAACUAUCAUCUGAAGAAUGCAAAGUGGGACAAGAAGGUGACGAAUUUCUCCUCCGAUGUCAAAAACGGUGAAAAUUACGCUGUCCUCUUGAAUCAGUUGGCUCCUAAUCUGUGUUCGAGAGCUCCGCUUGAGACUCGGGAUUUGCUUGAGCGAGCAGAGCAAGUUCUGGCAAAUGCAGAAAAAUUAAACUGCCGGAAAUUCCUCACUCCUUCGUCUCUUGUUGCUGGGAACCCCAAACUUAACCUUGCAUUUGUUGCCAAUCUGUUCAACACGAUCCCUGGUCUCGACCCAAUAACUGAGGAGGAAAAACUCGAGGUUGAGGAUUUUGACGCAGAAGGAGAAAGAGAAGCUAGAGUGUUCACCUUGUGGUUGAAUUCGCUCGAUGUCCAGCCCCCCGUCAACUCGUUGUUCGAUGAUCUUCGAGAUGGUACCAUUCUACUUCAAGCCUACGACAAAGUGAUCCCUGGCAGUGUCAACUGGAGACAUGUUAACAAACAACCUAGUUCUGGUGGCGAGAUGAUGCGAUUCAAGGCUGUGGAAAACACAAACUAUGCAAUCGAACUUGGAAAGCACAUAGGGUUCUCCCUUGUAGGAGUACAGGGUGCGGACAUUACCGACGGACAACGUACACUUACGCUGGGACUAGUUUGGCAACUGAUGCGGAGAGACAUUACAAACACCUUGUCUAGCCUCGCGCAGCGAAUGGGCAAGCGUGAGAUCACCGAUGCCGAAAUGAUCCGGUGGGCAAACGACAUGUCCCGUAAAGGAGGCAGAACUUCGUCAAUACGCAGUUUUAAGGAUCAAACCAUUGGCACGGGCCUUUUCCUUCUUGAUGUUCUGAACGGAAUGAAGAGUAGCUAUGUUGACUACGACCUCGUCACGCCUGGCCGAUCAGAGGAGGAAGCGUACGCUAAUGCCAAGUUGAGCAUUAGCAUAGCGAGAAAGCUAGGCGCGACUAUUUGGUUGGUUCCUGAGGAUAUUUGUCAAGUGCGGUCUCGCUUGGUCACUACAUUUAUUGGUUCUUUGAUGGCCACAUAUGAGAAGAUGCAGUGA